CAACUCACCUUACGAAACAAACUACAAAUCAUUAUACAUUUAUAAGAAUAUAUAUAUAAAUAUAUAGCCACUGUUUCAGGAUAUCCAAAUAUAUAUAUAAGAAAUGGCGGCUUCGGCAACUUCGGAUCAAUUAAUCAAAAGCGGGUAUUGUGUUGUAAAAGCGGGAAGAGACACUGUGGAAACUAAGGAAGCAACCCACUUCACUCACCUCUAUUACGCCUAUCUACAACUUAAUGACCUAGGAGAACUGAUAAUCCAGAAGACUCUGGAUAUUGAAAAAUUCAUUGAAGCAGUUGAUAGAGCAGAUAAAAUACCUAUGUUAUCGAUUGGCGGUCCGAAACAAGAAAAACCAGGAGCUACUGACCCCGCGGUUGCUAUCUCUGGAAUGGUAAAUGAUCCGGUAAAACGUAAGAAUUUCAUCAAGUCAAGCAUUGACUUUGCUGAAAAGUUUGGAUUUAAGGGUAUUGAACUUGCUUGGGAAUAUCCUAGAACAGAAGCUGACAUGACUAAUCUAGAAGAUCUUUUCGAAGAUUGGUCCAGCGAAGCAUCGGGAUCAGGGCUUCUAUUAGGUUUGAAAGUUUAUCGGGCACCAGAAUUACCUACCAUUAACGCGAAAAACAAUCUCAAAUAUCCUCUAACUGAUGACUUCAUCAAAUGUGUUGAUAUUUUCAACAUAAUACUUUACAACUACUUUCCUAUCACUUGUGCACAUAGCCAAGUCGAUAGUAGUAAGACAGUCUCUGUCAAUUGCACCAGCGAUGCAAUUGCUCUUUGGAGCAAAACUAACGUUCCAAAGACAAAAUUGGUGAUGGGUAUUCCAUUGUUCGGUAAGGAAUGGAAAUUGGCUUAUCCAAGUGAUGAAAACAAAAUUGGGUCACAAGUUAUUGCUUACAAUGGUAACAUAUCCUAUGGAGAGAUUCAAAACCCAGAAGGAGGGGCUUUUGAUGCCACCACUAAGACAAUGUACAUGACUCAAGGUGAUUCUUGGUAUGGGUAUGAUGGUAAACGUUCCAUAAAAUCAAAGAUUGACUAUCUUAAGCAAGAAGGACUUGGUGGGUAUUUCUUACAUGCUAUCAGGGAUGACGACGAUGACCAAACCCUUGCUAAAACUGCUUCAAAGGCAGCCAAAUAAGCAUAAGUGCGAUCGAGAUUGAUCAUCAAAAAUAUGGCAAACUAUAAAAUUAAGCUUUUCUUAAUUAAUUUGGUAUUAAUUUAUGUUUGUUCUGUUGAAUAAAGCUAAGAGAGGGAUACCUUUUAUUAGCACUAAUGUUAUUGUAUUCUACUACUAUUUUCUAUCUUAUGUAUUGUGGAAUAAUUAAAUAAAAAUCAUGUCUUUGUGUUUUAUAUAA